CCUCAUUGGGAAUCCAGUGCCUCUGACUUCCACGUCAAGUAAUCCGCUCUGACAACUGACCAAUGGGAAUGCUUGGGAGUCCGAACGUCGUCACGCUUCUGCAUUCCAGUUGUAUCGGAUUCCCUGAUCGGGAAGGCCGUUGAUUUUCGUUGGACAAUUCUUCACGAGUGUUGUUCAUGUGCUGCUGCGAGUAACUUGAAAUACUGUUGCGUUGUCCCAGACUCCUCAAGAUAAGCACGAACUCCAAAAUCAUGCAUCUCGCCCAAAAUACCACACAAGCCAACGGCACGACUGAGUACGGCAACAAUGUUGUGGAGGGGCUCAAGAAAGAGGAGAAGAUCGAGGAAGUAGCUGUGGGAAGGCUCUCGGACGAACAGGAUCAUGUCCUGAAGACCUUCAGAUUGCUGAUUGCGGAUCUGUGUCAGCAGUUCAACGGCGGACACCCAGGAGGCGCGAUUGGUAUGGCUGCGAUAGGAGUAGCACUCUGGAAGUACGUUAUGCGAUAUGCGCCACACACACCGACAUACUUCAACCGUGAUCGAUUCGUCCUAUCGAACGGACACACUUGCUUGUUCCAGUACUCGUUUCUCCACCUGACAGGCUACAAGGCUAUGACCCUGGAUCAGCUGAAGUCAUACCACUCCGAUCGCGUUGACGCGCUAUGCCCCGGCCACCCAGAAAUUGAGCACGAGGGAAUCGAGGUUACCACGGGACCACUUGGUCAGGGUGUCGCAAAUGCUGUUGGUCUAGCAAUGGCUACCAAGAAUUUGCAGGCGACCUACAACAAGCCAGACUUUGACAUUGUUUCCAACCAUACGUGGUGUAUGAUAGGCGAUGCUUGCCUUCAAGAGGGCGUAGCGCUCGAGGCUAUCUCGUUCGCAGGCCACCUGAAACUGAACAACCUCACCAUCAUCUACGAUAACAACCAAAUCACCUGCGAUGGUAGUGUCGACCUCACAAAUACCGAAGAUGUCAACUCUAAGAUGCGCGCAUGCGGGUGGGAUGUGAUUGAUAUCGAGGAUGGCUGUUUCGACAUUGAGGGGAUUGUAGGCGCGCUCAACAAGGCCCGCGCAUCUACCGAUAAGCCGACCUUCAUCAACGUCCGUACUGUCAUUGGUCUCGGCAGUGCCGUAGCUGGUGACGCUGUGGCACACGGGGCUGCUUUUGGGGCGGCUGACGUUGCCAACAUGAAGAAGUUGUACAACUUCGAUCCUGAGGAGCAGUUCGUAAUCAGUGAAACCGUUCGUGACUUCUUUGGAGACAUUCCAUCAAGAGGCCAAGAGCUCGUUCAGUCCUGGGAAACGAAGAUACAAGCAUACGAGGCGAAAUACCCCGAGCUCGGUGCCGAGUUCCGCAACCGCGUGCAGGGCCGUCUUCCUGAGAAUUGGAAGGAUCUCAUUCCCAGCUCGUUCCCAGAUCAGCCAACAGCGACACGCAAGUCAUCUGGUUUAGUGUUCAACCCCAUCGCUCAAAAGAUCAACAACUUUAUGGUGGGUACCGCCGAUCUUUCUCCAUCGGUCAACAUGAUCUGGAAAGACAAGGUCGACUUCCAAAAUCCCGAUUUGAAGACAACCUGCGGGAUCACUGGAAACUAUAGCGGUCGGUACAUUCACUACGGUGUACGUGAACACGCCAUGUGUGCUAUUUCCAACGGCUUAGCUGCCUUUGCGCCUGGCACAUUCAUCCCUACCACAUCAUCGUUCUUCAUGUUCUACCUGUAUGCGGCACCGGCGGUUCGUAUGGGAGCUUUGCAACAACUACAGGUCAUCCAUGCAGCUACACACGACUCAAUUGGGAUGGGUGAGGACGGACCAACUCACCAGCCGAUUGAGCUUGCCAAUCUUUACCGAGCAAUGCCAAACAUUCUCUAUAUUCGCCCGGCAGACAGCGAAGAGACCGCUGGCGCAUGGAUCACAGCGAUCGAGGCCAAAAGUACUCCAACAAUUAUCUCAACAUCGAGACACACGCUUCCGCAGAUAUCGCAAACCAGGCGUGAAUUGGUAGCAAAGGGUGGUUACGUCAUCGAAGAAGUGGAAGAUGCAGAUGUGACGUUAAUUGGUGUUGGUGCCGAAUUGUGCCACGCGCUGGACACCGCAAAGGAGCUGAAAGGCAAGAACAUUAAAGCUCGAGUUGUCAGCCUCCCGUGUCAACGUCUGUUCGAUGCUCAGCCUACACAGUACAAGCGAGACACAUUGCGCAGGCACAAAGGUAUUCCAGCCAUCGUUAUCGAGCCUUUCGCGCCAAAUGGAUGGGAAAGGUAUGCUGAUGCUGCAGCCUGUGUGAAGCGCUUCGGACACAGUCUUCCUGGCAAAGCGGCGUACAAGUACUUCGGUUUCGAUACACCAGCGCUGGUGGAGAAGGUGCAGAGUUACCUACAGCAGGUGCGAGAUGAUCCGCUUCUUCGCGGUGAGUUUGUAGAUCUAUGAACGAGCAUGGGCACCGGCGUUUGAUAGAUCGAUGAUUUGUAGCGUUCGAUUGUAAUGGCAUUAAUGUUGC